AUGACCAGUAAAAAAAUAACACUGUUACGUUAUUUAUUUGCAUGCGUUUGCAUGCUAUUGGCAUUAAAUUUAUUAAUUGAUUAUUUUGCUGACAAAUCGGAUGUCUCUUCAUCAUUUAGUCGUUUAAGUUUACGCAAGGUAUAUCGUUACAAUGGAACCAUACUUAACUCCACAGGCAGUGCUGCCAUUACGAGUAGUAGCAGCAGCAGCAACAAUAAUACGAACAAUAAUAUCAACAACUCUUUAGCAUUAGCAACGGCUUUAACAACCAAUGUCUCACCAUUUGCAAAUUCUUCCAAUCCUCAACAACAACCACAACAACAAUUACAACUGGAACUGCAUAGUAAUAAUAGCAUAAAUCAAGUCAAUAAUAGCAAGGAAAACACAACAGGGGCACCAUUGCCCUUGUGUGAAGACCCCGUUAUUGAAGAAAGUAGUCCUUUUGUACCUAACAUAACUUUAGAAUCUCUGGAUGUUAUCAACGACCAAUUGGGUCCACUAUUGGAGCCCGGUGGUGCUUUCAAACCAAAAGACUGUAUAGCCCGGCACCAUGUUGCAAUUGUGGUGCCUUUUCGUGAUAGAUAUGCCCAUCUAUCGAUCUUCCUCCGUAACAUACAUAAAUUUCUAAUGCAACAGCGUAUAGCGUAUCGUAUAUUCAUAAUUGAACAGACAAAUGGCAAACCCUUUAAUCGUGCCGCCCUUAUGAAUAUUGGCUUUUUGGAAGCCAUGAAAUUAUACAAAUGGGAUUGUUUUAUAUUCCAUGAUGUUGAUCUAUUGCCAUUGGAUAAUCGUAAUUUAUAUAAUUGUCCACGUCAACCGCGUCAUAUGUCAGUGGCCAUAGAUAAAUUUAAUUAUAAGUUGCCUUAUCGUACAAUAUUUGGUGGAGUUUCAGCAAUGACUCGUGAACAUUUUCUAACCGUCAAUGGAUUUUCAAAUUCAUAUUUUGGUUGGGGUGGUGAAGAUGAUGAUAUGUCAAACAGAUUACGAAAUGCGAAUCUCUUUAUAGCACGUUAUCCCAUCAAUAUUGCACGCUAUACAAUGUUAAAACAUCAAAAAGAAAAAGCCAAUCCCAAACGCUAUGAGAAUUUGGUAAAUGGCAUCAAUAAAAUUGGUAACGAUGGCUUGAAUUCCAUAAAAUACGAUAUUUACAGUUAUAAAUCGUAUCCAACGUUUAGUUGGUAUUAUGCUGAACUAAAGAUCUCCGAACAAAAAAGUUAAAUUUUUUUUAAAACAUAAAAAAAUGCAA